AAGAUGGCGGAACAAGCCGCAAUUCUGUACUUUAUAAGACAGUAAAUUGUUUCUUCGAAGUUAGAUAUGAAUCCGAUUGAGGUAAUUCUGUCAGUUAUACAGGUGAUGCUUCAUUAAAGCUUUGUACGUAGUUAUUUUUUUUUACAAAAAUGCCAAUGACGCCUGUUAUGACGGGAGUAGAGGAGCAGCAAAAAUUGCUGGAAGAUGCAAGUGGAGUCGUUCGGGUUCAAGCUUUUCAAAUGAAGCACUGUUUGGAUAAUGAAAAGCUGAUGGACGCCUUGAAACAUGCUUCCUCUAUGUUGGGUGAAUUACGAACUUCCCUGCUUAGUCCAAAAAGCUACUAUGAACUUUAUAUGGCAAUUACGGAUGAGCUUAGACAUUUGCAACUCUUCUUGUUAGAUGAAUUUAAGAAAAAUGGAAAAGUCACCGAUCUGUACGAAAUAGUGCAAUAUGCUGGAAACAUUGUACCACGACUCUAUUUACUUAUAACCGUGGGAUUAGUUUACAUAAAAAUGGUGCCUCGCCUAAGAAGGGAUCUGUUGAGAGAUUUAGUCGAAAUGUGCAGAGGCGUGCAACAUCCACUGCGAGGAUUGUUUCUGAGAAAUUAUUUACUGCAGUGUACUAGAAAUAUAUUACCUGAUGUAAUCGAUGGAGUUCCGGAAGAAGGGACGGUACGCGAUAGUAUAGACUUUGUUCUCAUGAACUUUGCUGAAAUGAAUAAGUUGUGGGUACGAAUGCAACAUCAGGGCCACAGCAGAGAUAAAGAGCGAAGGGAAAAGGAAAGAGAAGAGUUACGGAUUUUAGUUGGUACUAAUCUCGUCCGAUUAAGUCAACUGGAAUCCAUAACUUUAGACAUGUACAAAAAGCUGGUCCUACCAGGGAUCUUAGAACAAGUAGUCAGCUGUAAAGACUCUAUCGCACAGGAAUACCUUAUGGAGUGUAUCAUUCAGGUUUUCCCUGAUGAGUUUCAUCUACAAACUCUGAAUGCUUUCCUAAAGUCAUGCGCCGAGCUGGAGAAUGGAGUAAACGUCAAAAAUAUAAUAAUUUCACUGAUAGACAGAUUUGCUGCAUUCAGUCAACGAUCCGAUGGCGUAGGUGGCCCAGGGAGUCCAAGUCAAAUUCCUGGCAUCCCUCAAGAUGUCAAAUUGUUUGAUGUAUUUAGCGACCAAGUGGCUACGAUUAUUCAGACCAGGAAAAACAUGCCAUCGGAAGACAUUGUUUCACUGCAAGUGGCCCUCAUUAAUUUGGCGCAUAAGUGUUAUCCAGAUAGAGUGGAUUACGUAGACAAGGUUCUCCUGACUACGAUACAAAUCUUCCAGAAUCUGAAUAUAGAAAAAUUAGAAUACAACAGUGCCGUGUCAAGGGAGCUGGCAAGACUGAUGAAGAUCCCGGUGGACAAUUAUAAGAACAUCUUAACCGUAUUAAAAUUGGAGCACUUCGCUCCCCUGCUGGAGUACUUUGACUAUGAGGGCAGAAAGUUGCUGGCAGUUUACAUAAUAACAAACAUCUUGGACAAUGAGACCAUGAUACCAACACAGGAACAAGUGGACGCUGUGCUCUCUAUGGUGGCACCACUGGUCCAAGACCAGCCGGACAUGCACGGCAUAGAAGAGGACCCUGAAGACUUUGCCGAAGAGCAAGGUUUACUAGGUAGAUUGAUUCACCACUUCAAAUCAGAAACAGCCGAUCAGCAAUACAUGAUCCUAAGUGCUGCGAGGAAGCACUUCAGCACCGGAGGGAACAAGAGAAUCAAGUUCACCUUGCCUCCGAUAGUAUUCCAAGCCUACCAACUUGCUUUCACGUACAAAAGCUUACGAGACCAGGACGAAAUGUGGCAGAAGAAGUGCCAGAAGAUCUUUCAAUUUUGCCACGCUACCAUAACGGCGUUGAUGAAGGCGGAAUAUGCAGAAAUUCCCCUGAGACUGUUCCUGCAAGGAGCACUGGCCAUUGGCGAAAUUCGUUUCGAAAACUUCGAAAUGGUAGCGUAUGAAUUCAUGAGCCAGGCCUUUUCCAUUUACGAGGACGAAAUAAGCGACUCGAAGGCCCAACUGGCCGCUAUCACGCUGAUCAUUGCCACGUUCGAGCAAAUAAGCUGCUUCAGCGAGGAAAAUGCAGAGCCUGUUAGAAACCAGUGUGCUCUUUACGCAAGCAAAUUAUUGAAAAAGCCGGACCAGUGUCGAGGAGUCGCAACUUGCGCCCAUUUAUUCUGGUCGGGGAAGUCUUUGGCUACGAAGGGAAAAGAGAUGCAAGACGGAAACAAAGUUUUGGGCUGCCUGAAGAAAGCCAUCCGCAUUGUGAGUCAGUGCGUGGACAUUUCGGUUCGAGUUCAGCUGUUCGUGGAGUUGUUGAAUCAUUAUAUUUAUUUCUACGAGAAGGGGAACACGGCGGUCACCAUAGAGAUCCUGAACCAGGUGAUCGCGAAGAUCAAGGAGGAACUUCCCAAGCUGGAAGUCAGUGAAGAGACCGAGCAAAUUCAGAAGCAUUUAACUAAUACAUUAGAGCGUUUGCGUAAUAGAAUGAAAUCCCCCGAAUCCGAAGGAUACGCAUACAAGGGUCUCGUCUUGGACUAAGCUGCGAAUCACUUAAGCUAUUUGUAAUUUUGUAAAUACUCCGUUGCUGGAAUUUAUCGAGCGGGAAGCUGAAUUCUUAGCGAAAAACGCUCCUGGAAAGCGGAUGUUAUUAAUUUCCAAUCUCUAUCGGCAGUGGAUAGGAACAAAUAUCGCAUUACGAAUCAUGUUUGGAUAAUUCGACACACUUGCACCUUACCCACUAAACCGGAGCAUGUAUAAUUUACAUCACAUUUUCUACGAGACCAUCCGAACGUUGUUCUUGGUUUAAGCGACAAAAACAAGAAAAAACGAGACUCAGAAGAGAGAGGGGUUAACCCGUGUUGGACGUGAGAUUAAGAGGGGAACGAUUGUUCUAGACAUAUCCAGGAUUCCCUACAAUUAAUCGAAUACCCGUAGUCAAAGAUUUCAGUAUACACAUUAAAAGGUCACCGAUUAUAUUGUAUGUAUAUUUGUUUUAAUACAUAUUAUAAUAUUAUUACAUAA